GUGUUAUUUGUCCUGGCCAUCAUCAACUAUGAACCAGCUGCCCAAUAUCCAUCGGCUUGCGAUUACCCAACGGAGGACCCCCCUGAGGGUACCUGCCGCUCUCCGGGUGCCAGGACGGCGGAUCGUAUCCUGGGCCCACUCUUUCGGAUGGUGCCCACCGUGUGUGUCUACCAGGCCCUUUUCGCGAUUGCCUUGGUUGCAAAUCUGCAAGCAGUCCAUCACUCAACAGCUAAGCUGGAACUUUCUGUGCGAGAACAGUGACUUAAACAUAUUGAAACGUUAA